GUUCAUUUCUAGGCGCGCGGGAGGAAGAGGUAAGUGGUGGAGCUGCUGACUCUGCCUUAAAGAGCUGUCGUUUCAUCUCUCCAGAAGCAAUAAUUUAGGGAAGGUAAUGAUUAUCAGUGAUUAUUUAAGCUGUUUUUAUGAUUGCACCGUUUUGAUAUCUUGAUAAAUGAAAGAAGGAUCGAGCCAAGUCAGAGGCUGGUUCUCCGAUCCAGUGUUUUAAAUAUUUCCCCCAGUUCUCACCCUUGUGAAAUGUUAAGAAAGCAAGGCGAGGCUGUGCUCCCUCUUGUGUUUUUAUGAGAUUUCUGACGGGCAGAAGGUCAACAGCGAAACAUUCAGUGAUGAGACUUUCCCUGUUGAAUUUCCGCCUGUUUCUGGAAUUUCAAAGUUGAAGGAGCACUGUUGUUGCAGCUAGUGCCUCAGAAAACUAUAUAACAUAAAUUAUUGGGAGAGGGAGAGUCCCUGCGCCUUGAAAGUGUGGCGGCAGGCAGAAUUAAUUCAACAGGUGCAGCAAGUCGGGCUGUGUUUUGGAGGACAGCAGCUGGCAUAGGUGGCAAUUUGUCUUUGAGGUCUGGGAAGAAUGGUGCCCUACAGCGACCCUUCCUCUGCUUGCAGUUUACAUCACUGGUUUCCAUCUGGGAUUCCUCUUGUCUGCGCUUGGGAAGAAAGCUAUGAGCAGCCUCAUUCUUACCUGUUUGCAUGAAGGUCUCUGUGAAGUUCUGUUAAACUUGCAAGGCAAAUUGGAUCUUUCUUACUCCUCUCAAAAGUUUUAUUGUUUAAUUAGUUUCUCACCUUUCCUUAAAGGAGCUCAAGGUGGUGUACGUGGUUCUCCCCUCUUCCCAUUUCAUCCGCACUAGCACAAUACUAGGUUCGAUUUUAAAAGCUUUUUUUCUGCUUGCUAGUGACCUCUUAACAGCGUACGCAUGUGCAUAUCGCGGUGCUGAUGCGUGGGGAGAAACCUUUCAACUUUGAUCAUUUCAAGCAAGAUUCUAUUGAAAAGCUGUAUGAGGCUCUGAAGCCUCAAUAUUUAAUCUGCAAAAAUACAGAUUUUCCUAACAGUAGUUGCUCUAAUCCAGGCAUCCCCAACCUGCAGCCCUCCAGAUGUUUUGGCCUACAACUCCCAUGAUCCCUGGCUAACAGGACCAGCAGUUAGGGAUGAUGGGAAUUGUAGUCCAAAACAUCUGGAGGGCCGCAGGUUGGGGGUGCCUGCUCUAAUCUUUGUGAGGCUUUAUAGCUUUCCUGAAACCAAGCAUUUAUCAACAAAGACAAGUUUGGUCAUAAAUGUUUAUGCAGUGUAUUCUUGGAUACUAGGUUGUACAUAGGGUUGUGGGCGACGCUGUGGGUUAAUCCACAGAGCCUAGGACUUGCCGAUCAGAAGGUUGGUGGUUCAAAUCCCUGCGACGGGGUGAGCUCCCAUUGCUCGGUCCCAGCUCCUGCCAACCUAGCAGUUUGAAAGCAUGUCAAAGUGCAAGUAGAUAAAUAGGUACCGCUCCGGUGGGAAGGUAAACGGCGUUUCCGUGCGCUGCUCUGGUUCUCCAGAAGCUGCUUAGUCAUGGUGGCCACAUGACCCAGAAGCUGUUUGCCAGCUCCCUUGGCCAAUAAAGCGAGAUGAGCGCCGCAACCCCAGAGUCGGCCACGACUGGACCUAAUGGUCAGGGGUCCCUUUACCUUAGGUUGUACAUUGCUUGGUGCCAGUGGUACUGUAUGAAGCUGUGUUUCAGGCAGUUGUAAUACACUAAUGUGCACUUUUGUUUUGUGGUCAGAAAGCCUUGAGAACCUCAUUGGAUGCUGCUGAAGAGUGCAUUUGAUCCACAGGUGAACAUGUCUGGUUUGGAAAUGCAAGGUACUGGAGAAUUUUUUUCUGUUUGAUUUUAAGAUUACUACCCAGACUAGACUUCAUCAACCUGGUGCAAUCCAGAUGUUUUGAACUACAGCUCUUAUUGGCCCCACUCAGCAUGGCCAAUAGCCAAGAAUGAUUGGGAGUUGUAGUCCAGCAAUAACUGAAAGGCACCUGGUUGGGAACACUUUCAAAGAUAGGAAUAAUAAUAAUAAAUAAUAAUAAAUUUUAUUUAUAUCCCGCCCUCCCCAGCCGAAGCUGGGCUCAGGGCGGCUAACAAUAAAAUAGUACAACAGCAUGAUUUUAUGCGAAUGGAAUAUCUGCAGAUGUUACUCUUGGACUUUAGUUACCAGUGACCGCUAAGCUACAGUGCUACAGGCAAGCAUGUGCUUCAAAUGUGCUUUAAAGUUAUGUAAAGCACAUUUGAAGCGCAUGCUUUCCUGUAGCACUGUAGUUUAGCAGUUACUGGUAGCUAUGAGAGAUAAACUACAGUGCCCAUAAUUCUUUUGAGUGUGUGUCUGUGAUUAGAAUGUACUUGGAAAGUAAAGUGUUUACACCAUGGGUAGGCAAACUAAGGCCCAGGGGCCGGAUCAGGUCCAAUCACCUUCUAAAUCCUGCCCAAGGAUGGUUCAGGAAUCAGCGUGUUUUUACACGAGUAGAAUGUGUGCUUUUAUUUAAAAUACAUCUCUGGGUUAUUUGCGGGGCAAAGGAAUUCGUUCAUUUCCUCCCCAAAAAAUAUAGUCCGGUCCCCCACAAGGUCUGAGGGACAGUGGACUUGCCCCCCUGCUGAAAAAGUUUGCUGACCCCUGGUUUACACAGCCUCCUUCCCAGUUAUGUCUAAGGGAGAAGGCUUUUCUUUAUUGAAACCUUACUCUGUUAUGGUAAGGUUACCAGAUGUCCCCGUUUCUCAGGGAUAGCCUCCGGAAUACAAAUCAGUCCCCUGAGAAAAUCCAUCCCCGAAAUGUCCCUGGGUUUAAUUUAAUGUCCCCAAAUUUAUAUUUUAAGUGUUGUAGAUUUAUAAGGUAACUGUAUAUUACUCCUACAUGGCAUUCUCUUUGGAAGGAAACAACUCAUUCUUGAGUUUCUCUUUGGAAUUAGUAGGGAAUGAUUGUUGUGUGAUUGGUUCAACAGCACAAGACACAGCAAUAUGUAUAUCGACGUGUGAUUGGCUAGCUGCUAUCACAUAGUUUUAUCUCAAAAUGUGAUUGGCUCCCUGCCAACUCGCGCUUGUUCUCACAUCUCACUUCCGUUUUCCUCUUCCUCUUUUAUUCGGUUGCUUUUUCCAGUGUUGAGUGUUUGUUUUUGGCAGUAUCGGCAGCCUUUUAACACAUCCACGUGUACUUUUUGUAAUUUAUAUUGCAGUUAUUGAAGCUAAUAAGACAUCAAAGAAACGAAAAUGUGUGGUUAAUGAUUUGAUACUAAAGGAUUUUCCAUUUAUCAGAAGAGGAGUGAAGGAACAUUCUGCAUUUUGUUCACUAUGUGAAGUAACUUUUACCGUUGGAAGUGGCGGGCGAACCUCAGUCGUUGAACACGUUGCAACUAAAAGACAUAAAAGCUCCUUGAUUCGGGAAAGUAGCAACGCAAAGAAUGUAUCAGCAUACUUUAAGACUAUUGUGCCAGAUCAAAGUGAAAUAAACAUUGCCCUUCAAGAAGGAACUUUCGCAUUUCAUACUGUGAGGCAUUACCACAGUUUCAAGUCUAUGGACUGUACUUCCAGCUUGGUUAAGAAAUUCAUGUGUUCCAGAACAAAAGUUGAAGCCAUUGUCAAACACGUGAUUGCUCCCUGGGCGAUUGCCGAAGCUGUAGAAGAAAGCAAUAGAGCUUCUUUUGUAACUAUACUUCUAGAUGCUUCAAAUCAUUGUAAUACAAAAUUGCUACCAAUUAUUGUUCGCUACGUACAUGUGAAUGCUGAGAAAGCUGUAUCCAUCUGUAAUAAAAUUGUGGACUUUGUUCAAAUUACAGGGGAAACAGCUGAAAUAAUAUACACGGCCUCAUUUCAAACAAUCAAGCAUCUUGGUUUGGAGCAUAAAGUGGUAGCGGUUUCAGCAGACAAUACGAACACUAAUUUUGGUGGUCUGAAGAAGAAAGGUUCAAACAAUGUCCUCACCAAAAUGAAGGAAGGUUUGGGAAAGAAUAUUCUCUGCUUGGGGUAUAACGCUCAAAUGAUACAUAACAGUGCACAUUCCGCAAUAAAUUCAAUCCCUGUUGAUGUUGAAGGACUUGUGGUAAAGAUUUUUGGUUAUUUCCACAUAUUUACAGUGAGAGUAGAACAUCUAGAAGAGUUUUGCGAGUUUGUAGGACAGGAACACAAGAAUAUUCUUAGCUAUAGUAAUGUCAGAUGGCUUUCGCUGCUGCCAGCCAUCAGAAGGAUCUGUGAAAAUUAUGCUGUCUUGAAAUCCUUCUUUCUCUCUGAGGAGAAAUGCCCAGCCGUGCUGAAAAAGUGGUUCAGUGAUCCUUGCACCUAUUUGUGGAUGAAUUUUGUUGCUUCGACUCUGCCUCUUUUCCAUGAUUCCAUACUCCAAGCCGAAGGAGAGGAAGUAACAGCAGUGGAAUUUUGCAUGAUUCUCAACAUUUUGAUUCAGAAACUUCAGGCUAGGAGUGAUGACAAGUUUAUUCCCUUUUCAGUGAGGAAACUUUUGCCAUCUCUCGAAGAAGGUGGUUCUUGCACUCAGGAAGAAUUUCUCACCAUAUCAAGAGACUUCUACACUACUGCUGUUGAAUAUCUAACUGCUUGGAGCUCCCACUCUGAAGAUAUUAGGUGUAUGGAGUGCAUUUUGCUUCGGACUUGUCCACAGAGAGAAAACUUUGAAGAGUGUCUCCAAUAUUUUUCAUCAAGGGUAGGAGGAGUUGGUCUAAGUGAGGAUCAUUUAUUUGAUGAAAUUUCUUCUUUGAAAGAAUAUGUAUCAAAACAAAAGAUAACUAAAUGGAAUGAAGAUGGUGCUGAUGUGUGUUCAAGAUGGAGUGACAUUUUCUCAUUCUUCUCUCAGAAGAUGAUCCCCUAUCCACAGCUACAAAAGUUGGUUCAACUCUGUCUCUGUCUACCAGGAAGCAAUGCUGCAGUGGAGAGAGUGUUUUCUUCCAUGGACAUGAUGUGGACAUCUCAGAGAUCAAGGCUUGAUAUCGACACUAUCAAAGCUGUGCUAGCGGUCCAAAGUAACUUUGCCAUGGAUUGCCAGGAAUUUGCAACAAAACUGGAGUCAAGAAGAGGUCUUCUCAGCAAGGUGCAUUCUUCAGAACAAUACAACUAGUUGGGAACAAAGGUAACUCGUUCAAUUUCAUUAAUGUAGUUGUUUUAAUGUAUUAUCUUAGUAGUAAAGGCAGACUUCCUAUCGAGCUGUCAUUCCAACUGAAGUUGAAAAGUGUCCCCGGAUUCAUUGAAAAAAAUCUGGUAUGUUUUGGAGCCCAUCAAUUGUCUCCAGCCGCAAAAAAAAAUAUGUUCUGCUCCUUGGACUUUACCCAUGGGAGUUGGGAGACCAGUAUUUUGAGAGCACUUGUCCCUUGCUGCCCUAGAGACAAGAAAUCUAGAAAUGGAUGCACUUCAUCAUGCUGUCAACCCAAUGGGGAUAUCUGGAGAGGUUGCUCUUUCUCAGCUCUGUCCAUGUGGCAUAUGGGAGCGUAGGCCUUUGGGCUCUGUGACGUAUAGUCCCCUUCCACACCAUUGGAGAGCAAGCUGGGCCCUCUGAGUUCCGCAACCUGCAUAUUCCUCCUUCUGCUCUGAGUCUUUGCACAGUGACUGAGGAGAUAAAUCACUUGGGUAGUGUUUGCUUACUGUAACCGAUGCUUUGUGCUAGUGGCAUUGUUAAAAAGUUGUGUUCAAUCCAGUGCUGCUUAAACCUUUGGGAGUGAGGUCCACUUAUAAACAUAAUUUACUUAGGAACACAGGAAGCUGCCUUAUACGGUCUCGGUCCAGUAUUUCUGAAGGAGCGUCUCCACCCCCAUCGUUCUGCCUGGACACUGAGGUCCAGCUCUGAGGGCCUUCUGGCGGUUCCCUCCCUGCAAGAAGCCAAGUUAUAGGGAACCAGGCAGAGGGCCUUCUCGGUGGUGGCACCCGCCCUGUGGAACGCCCUCCAACCAGAUGUCAAAGAGAACAACUACCAGACUUUUAGAAGACAUCUGAAGGCAGCCCUGUUUAGGGAAGCUUUUAAUGUUUGAGGUACAGUGGUGCCCCGCAAGACGAAUGCCUCGCAAGACGGAAAACCCGCUAGACGAAAGGGUUUUCCGUUUUUGAGUUGCUUCGCAGGACGAAUUUCCCUAUGGGCUUGCUUCGCAAGACGAAAAUGUCUUGCAAGUCUUAAGAUUUUUUUCGCUUUCGCCCCUUUAUCUAAUCUGCUAAGCCUUUAAUAGCCUUUUAGCAGCUAAUCCGCUAAACCUUUAAGCCUUUAAUAGCCGCUAAACCGCUAAUAGCGCUAAUCCGUUAAGCCGCUAAUAGGGUUGCUUCACAAGACGAAAAAACCGCUAGACGAAGACUCUCGCGGAACGGAUUAAUUUCGUCUUGCGAGGCACCACUGUAUUACAGUAUUUUAAUAUUUUUUUGGAAGCUGCCCAGAGUGGCUGCGGAAGCCCAGCCAGAUGGGCGUGGUAUAAAUUACAAAUUAUUAUCAUUAUUAUUAUUAUACUGAGUUAAGAACAGGGGUUGGCAACUUAAGGCCCAUGGGCCGGAAGUGACCCACAGAGGCCAUUUAACCGGCCCAUGAGCCGCCUGCUUGGUGAGUCCCCGCAUGCUGUGCUAAAGCAGUGCGGCGCAGGGACUCCUCUGUGGCUCUAGCAAUCGCUUCUGCACAUGCCCAGACGCUGGAAAUCUUGUCUGUGCAUGUCCGUGGCGCCAGAAAUUGCUUCUACGCAGGCGCGAUUUCUGGCAUCGCAGACACUAUUUCCAGCGUCGUGCUGCGCUGGCCUGGCCUGGCCCACAGAGGAUCUCCGCGGGAGUGAUCUGGCCCAUUCCCAGUAAGCCUUGCUGACCCCUGGUUAAGAAGAUUGGUCCAUCAAGCUCAAUGCUGUCUACACUGACUGGCAGUGGCUCCCCAUGGAUUCAGGCAGUGGUCAUUACCAGCCCUACCUAGAGAUGCCAAGGAUUGAACCUGGAACCUUCUGCAGGCGAAGCAGAUAAUCUACCACUGAGCUGCGCCCCUUCUAUUAUUAGUCAUUGAACUUAUAAGUAUCCUGUUACAAGCCGCCUAGCAAUAUUUUUAAGAGCUUAAGUAAAAAAAAAAGUUUUUAUAAAAAGACAUCAACAUCUUUCCCCAAUAACAGCGGCAAAAAGCUCUGGUGACACAAGCAGCUAAGCUUUCUAAUCUUAUCUCCUCUCGCUGAAAAAGAAAAUAAAACACUCUUGUGUUCAAAUUUAACACUGGACAAUUGCAUAUUAUAUAUUCCAUGUUUUAAUUGGCGUGUUGGCGUUAGAGCAUAUAUUGCUUAUAUAAAUAGAGUUUAAUAGGCAGGGGGUCAGUAACCAAGUCACUCCAAGAGGAUCCACGACAGAAGUGCUGUGGGCCCGUCAUGAAUUUUCUUUAAACUCCCUAGAAAUUGGGGGGGGGGGGAGAGAUGACACAGACACACACUCAUUGUGUGACCAGCCCAGGAAUACAUUCGGACUCCCAGUUUGAGAAGCAGCUGUCUUAACUCUUGUACAAUUUUGUCCUUCCCAUUCUAGUGCACUUGAAAGUUCAUUGCAUGCUGUUGGAAUGGCCACAUAAUCCUGAAGUGGGUAUGUACAGCAGUUUUGACUCUCAAGGUGUUCAUGAGAAUGAUUAAUUUUUCCUAUUUGCCUUUUGCGGGCCGGGGUGUGUGUGUGUGUGUCGGUCGGUCGUCAAGACCGCUGUGGGGUGUUGUCUUUAUAAACGCCACUGUGAAAAUUAUGCUGUACUCUUAGGUUUAGACUAACAGUGCAUUGAAAUAUAAAAUGCUGUCUUGGGAUAAGCAGUUUUGAAAGAACAUCAGCCGUCUUGGACUACAGUGCCUGUUAUUCCAGGCCAUUGGCAAUGCUGGCCUAGAGAUUAGACAGCUUUCUACAAAUGCACUUGCCAUUCAUCCUGCUGUCAACCCAAUGGGGAAAACUGGAAAGGUUGCAUGGCCUUUGUGAUGUAUAGUCCUCUUCCAUACCGUUGGAGAGCAAGCUGGGCCCUCGUGGUCUGCAACCGGCAUAUUCCUACUGCUUCUCUGAGUCUUCAGGCAGUGAUUGAGGAGAUAAACCAUGAAGGAGACAUGUGCCUGUUUACUGCUUCAUUCAUAAACCCUUAUUAAAUCUGGUAGGCUUCCUAUUGGGGGAUCUGAUUGGCCACUUGGAGAACAGGAUUCUGGAUUGGCUGGGCAUUUGGACCGAUCCAACAGGGCUCUUGUGUUCAAUUUUUACCUUGCUCUUUUUUGAGUUUUCGGUACUAUGGCACGAGGGGUGUGAAAAAUCGAGGCACUUAAUGGCCUUGUAAGAGGCAUAUGCACCAGAGUUUUAUGUCAUAAUUGUGUUAAUAAGCCUAAGCUGAUGGUUCCCGGUUGGAAGAACCUAUGGGAGCCGCAGAUAUUUCGAGUCUUACUGUUAAUAUUACGUUUUCAUCCUUACCUAUGCAAGUGUCAUAAACCGCAUACUUGGGCUUGUUCAAGUUGGUCCUUGCAUAUUCUCAGAAUUUCAAUGUUUGUGCAGUGACUAGUUUGAAGUCUGUACACAGGGGUCUGAUUUUUUAUUUAUUUUUUACAUUGGAAUGAUUGAGGUCCUGCUUUUUAUUGGUGCACGCUUGAUUGAUUUCCCUCCCUCAAUUAUUUUUUCAUUGCUUUCUCCACAAAGUCUCAAAGUGACUUACAAGGUCUGUACAAAACAAAAAAGCCUUAAAAUCUGUUUAAAAUAUUUAUAUGCUGAUUUUAUGUUCAGGAAGCUGAGAACCAAAAACAGCCUGUUGUAUGUUUCUGUUUAUUAGGCCGUUGUGAAUGGAAGAAUAACAACCUGGGGGGAAAGAGCUGGAGAAGAUGCUGAGAAUGCGGUCUUGUGAAAGCAGCAGCUAUUUAAGUGUAGGUCAGAAGAGAACAGAGUCCUACGGAUCAACAGAACAGUCCUGAAGAAAUGGCUACCUUUGGUCUCCAGUAUGCCUUCAAGACUACAAUUCCCAUCAUCCCUGGUUGCUGACCCUGCUGGAGGGAUUCGGAAGGCCCCAACAUCGACAGGGCACUAUGAUGGCCUUCUCUGGCAGCAACAGGGUGGAAGAAAAGCUGCAAUGCUGUGAAUACUAAUAUGAGCAGGAAUGAUCUCCAAAACCUUAAUGCGGAGAACUAUCAUCUUGCUUUCCCCCCUGAUUAGCAGUUGCUGCCGUAGCGGUAACAAACCAGCAAGAUAUGUGACACACUGCUUGUGUGCUGUGAGCAAAGGUGGUUGUGGGAAAUACUUGAAUGGGGACAAAGAUAAUGGGACUAUAUGGAACUGGCGGAAAUGACUGGCAGAAUCCGAGACCAGGGAGAAGAGUCGAUGGAAGAAGAUUGGGAAAAGUUUAAAGAUUAUUUACAGAAAUAUUGCAAAAUUAAUGAAUGUUAGAAUGAUGUUGGAUUGAAACUAAGUGGUCUUUAGCUGAAAUGUUAUAAGGGAAUAUGAAAAAAUGGAUUAUUAAUAGGUAAAAAUUUAAAAUUAUAAUACUUUACGAUUAACGACUAGGAUAUACAAAGAGGGGAGGGAUUUGCUGAACUAACAAAUUGAACUGGAAUACAAAAAAGGGAGGCGUGAGGAGGUCCGGGAAAUAAGCAAAUGAAAGAUAAGUAAUGGAAAGAAUGAAGUGUUUUUAACUAUUUUUAUUUUUGCAUUUUUCUUUUUUUAUAUUGUAAUAUUUUGAAAACCUUAAUAAAUAUCUUAUAAAAAAAAAAAAAGAUAAUGAUCCACAACCAAAUUAACCGGUUGGGAUGAAGCUGUUUUCUGCACUUGCAGAAUUUAACAGCUGGCCAUUGGUGGAACAUCGGGCGAGUUUUAAUUCAGUUGUUUUAGAUGCCAGACACGUGUGUUUGUUUCAUCACACUUAACUCUGCUAGCAUUGCAGUUACCAUCUUUCCCCUUCUGAAAAGUGUUGUUUAAAGAUGUAUAUAUAUUGGAAAAGUAAUUGUUUACAUUACUUUGUGUUUUGAUGUGUCAUCUGCCUUCAGAAGUAUAUGUUACACCCAUUUGUAGAAAAUCAGUGGUUUGACCAAUUCCUCCAUUCCAGUGCAAUUUUGCCCUUAAGGAAAGGACUCUUUUCCCUCCCACCUCCCUCCAUAAUCCGUCAAGCGUGAGGACAUGAUACCUGGGGGAAGUGCCUGGGGUAACAGUUGCUGAGCAGGUAGUUUCCAAAAUCCCAUCAGCGGACUUGCCCCAGGUUAUGGAUGUGCAAAGGGAGCUCUAUUGCCCUUUGAUGGUGGGUACUUGAGAGGUGCCUGGGAAUGUUUUGCCUAUGCUAAUCUUGUACCCAGGACUUGUCUGGACAUGUUUGCCAAGGUUGAACUAGUGUAACCCCGGUCUACCCCUCCCCUUUCGUGACAUGUCAGUGAUGUAAAGAUGAUGUAGCAAUGGUGCUGUACAAACUGUAUUCUGGAAUGUUGUGGGAAGUUUUAAAAGCCAAUGUCACCCCACGCUCUGGGUUCUUACUGCUGUUUGAACCUGUUGUGCAACAAUAAAGGAUCUAAGUCUGCUGUUUUGCUCCAAAUUACUUGGCAGGAACAUCCUUCUUUUACUGACCGCAUGGACCUGCGGGGGACUUGGACCCUGACAAGCUGGGCUGUUGAGUAGUCUCUCAUCCCGGAACUUUUCCUUAUCACUUUGAAUGUUCCAGCAGAGGAACUGGAAGGCAUGACUCCAAUCCUGGGCCCACUGGGAGAGAUGUUAGGUGGAUUGCAGUGAGAAACAAGCCCUCGUUUCAGAAGAGAAGGCGGCAGAGGGGUAUAUGCACACAGCCUCGCCCCCCCCCCCCGCAGCAUCCCAGUUCAGAGGCAAGGAGCACAAAGAAAGUGACUUGCACCCCUGUCUCUUCCAGGAAUCGCCAGCCUCAUAAACGUCAUCCUCCAGAUGGAGGAAUAUCCACCCAUCAAAUGGAGGUCAUUUGCACAGCUCCUCCUCACCUUCCUGGGGCUGAUCUCCACCUCCCUGCAGGAGAAGACCUUCCUCAUGAAAAGAGGGGUCCUGAUCCCCACCAUCUGUGCCAAUGACCCUCCUGCUAACUCUGCCACUGUCUUGGUUUCAGAGAGGCACAGCUGCUUCUCAGCACUAUGGAGGCACAUGCUGAGAUGGCCACCUUGGACCUCCUUUUGUACCCUGACACCUUUGACCAGGGAUUGCCGUAUUUUUCGCUCUUAUAAUAUGCACCCGACCGUCAGGCUAUCCCUGAAGCCAGGAGAGCAAGAGGGAUAGCUGUGCAGCCUGCAUUCACUCCAUAAGACGCACACACAUUUCCCCUUACUUUUUAAGAGGGGAAAAGUGUGUCUUAUAGAGCGAAAAGUACGGUAUAUGCCCUGGUGAGGUAAGAGGAAGAGCAUAGUGAUCUUCAAACAUUUUGGCAAAGAAGCAGAACUCGUUCGUUGCAUGGCGUGUGAAUGUGCUCUUUGCUGGGGUUUCUGGGGUGCCCUCGCCUUCGCUCACAAGAUCCUGUUAGUUACACAUUUCAGGGGCUCCAGCAGUGCUGGAUUCCUGGGUUGGCUGCAUACAUCAUUUCAGCUCCGAAAAAUAAGCGCUUUGCCGGGGUGCCAGAAGUCGCUGCAGCCAUCUUCCUGGAGGUGAGGGGAUUUGGUGUUGAAGGAAGAGUGCAGACAAAUGUGUAGAGCAAAGAGCCCCAUGUUCCGUGUCUGCCGAAUGUGGGCUGUGGAGUCUUUCUCCUGUGUCUUUCCUAGAGGGAAUUGCUUUUCCAGUAACGGAAGCAUUAGCCCUAGGGUCCCACCCCCCUCUCCAUCCUCCAUGCAAGAAGCAAGAGGCAUCAUCACCACUCAAAGGCACACCCAAGCAAAAUCUCUGCAGGGCAGGGCCAGUGGAGGGGUUCCCUGUUGGAAUGGGAAGGGAGUUAGCCUCAGGACCAUCCCAAGGACCAGCUAGAUAUCUCUGGAGGGCCACAUUCAGCCUCUGGGUGUGAGGUCCCUCUGCUCUAUGCCAUGGUCAGGGCGACAUGCCUCCGUCUCCCAAUGCCUGCGCCACUCGCAGCACACCUAGACUAUGUCAGGAGUUCAGCCUACACUCGAGUAGGACUCUGGCAGAGACACAUGUCCGACUGGCAUGUUCCCUCACUCCUGGUCGAUCAUUUGGGAGCUUCAUAAGCUUUCUUCAGCCCGAACAUCACAGCGACUGAUGCCAACUGACACCGGCACACUUAGGGACCCACAGAGUUUGCGCAACGUGACAGACCUCAGCAACUCAGUAUUUGGCUAAUCUACUUUAUUUACAUAUAAACACACACGGACAGACAGCGACAGACUAGCAUC